AUUAAACGGCUAGCCGAGCUCAAAGCGGCUUCAAUAGAAUUGAGUAAAAAUUGGAAUAAUGCCAUUGUUAAUGUAACAAAAAAUUGCCGAGAAGAACUUUUAUCGAGAAGACGAAACGUCAAUGAAGAAAAAUUGAAAUUAAUCCAAAAAUUGGCUGAACAAAAUCGCGAAGAACGUGCGGUUAUUGUUAAAGAAGCACAAAAAUUAAUAUUGUAUAAAAAACCACAAUGUAGACUUAUUAAUGCUGCUCUUUUUACUUCCGAGUGUUUCAGAGAACUGCAAGCUCAAUUGGAGUUUAAAAAAAUGCUGAAAGGGAUUGAAGAUGGGAUUGAAAAUACAGAAUCGUAUUUGAAGAAACAGGAAUUAUUAGAUUCCAAAGCAGACAAAAAAGAUCUAGAAAAGGUUAUAGAAGAGUACAAACUUAUUGAACAAUGUGAAGCUGAACAGAUGAGAAACAAAAAAAGAAAGUUGCAAGAAAUGUUUUUAGAACAAAUAAAAAACAAUAAACUCGAACAAGACAGACUUAAAAAACAAGAAUUGUUAAUGAAUGACUUGGCCGAUGCUUAUGCUAAAGCAAAGGAUCAUUUAAAUGAAACAACUAAAGCGAAAUUGAAAGAAAUUCAAGCUGAAAAAAUACGUCGUUCGGAAUUAAUGGCAAAAAAAUGCGCUAUUAUUUGGAAAACUUGCGACGAAGAAAAUGAUGAUAAAUUGAAAAAGGCAAUGGAAGAAAAAAUUGAAAUUGAAAUUGAAAAAAUGAAUGCUAAAAAAAAUAAGGAAGCAAAAUUAAAAGCGGAUAUUCAAAAAUAUUUAAUUGAAAAUGAAGAAAUUAUGAAGAAACGCAAACAAGAAGAAGAAAAUGAAAAAAAAUGGGAAAUUUAUCAAAGAAACAAAAGAGAUGAAUACAAUAAACUUAUGGAUGAUAAAAAAUUACAAAAUGAAAAGAUUAGAAAGAAGAAAAUAGCUGAGGAAUUGAAAAGACAAAUGAAAGAACAAGAAGAGUUACGUAAAAAAGAAAUUAUGGAAAAUGAUGAUUCAAUCUACACCACAGAAGCUCUCAAAAAGACUAAUGAAAGAAUUUUAGCUUAUGGAAAACAAGUUUUAGAAGAAUCAACAGGAAUUCGACCUGUAUUUCCCAUUAUUAAAGUUAUUGAGAAUGGCUGCAACAUGCUUUGUCCAACCUUUGGACUUGAUCAAGAAUCGUAUGCAAUUGAGUGGACAGAAGACAUCGACCUUAAACGGUUUUUCGCUAUGUAUUCUGGCCUAAGCGCUGGAUUAUUAAGACAAGCGACAUAUACAACAACAAGAUUAGGAGUUUAUACAUGGCUUUUUGAAAUUGCUUCGAAAGACUCACAGCCUAACUUUUUCGUUAAAGCUGGUCUGGGAAUGGCUGCCGGUUGUGUUGGAGCUUUUGUAGGCACUCCAGCUGAAGUUGCUUUAAUUCGGAUGACUGCUGACGGACGCCUUCCAAUAGCCGAGCGACGAAUGUAUAAAAAUGUUUUCGACGCUUUAUUCCGAAUAAUUAGAGAAGAAGGAAUUUUGACACUUUGGAGAGGCGCGAUACCAACAAUGGGACGUGCUAUGGUCGUAAAUGCUGCUCAAUUAGCAUCAUAUUCUCAAGCUAAACAAGCUUUACUUGAUUCCGGAUAUUUUGAAGAAAACAUUAUGCUCCAUUUCACUAGCUCAAUGAUUUCCGGAUUAAUAACAACAGCUGCAUCAAUGCCAGUUGAUAUUGCUAAAACACGUAUUCAGAAUAUGAAAAUGAUUGAUGGCAAGCCUGAAUAUAAAGGAGCUUUCGAUGUAUUGGGAAAAGUCGUCCGAAACGAAGGAAUUUUUGCUUUAUGGAAAGGAUUCGUCCCAUAUUAUGCUCGAUUAGGGCCUCAUACUGUCCUUACAUUUAUCUUCCUCGAACAAAUGACAGCUUCUUACAAAAAAUUUUCGUCUAAUUAA